AUUUGACAUGCCCAAGUCAAGCUGUCGUCACAAACUGAACUGCCUUGUACCAACGACCACAAACUCCGCCAUUACCUGCACAAUUUGCUCGAGAAACUCUGGUUUAGCUACGAUAUUCUGAUUCAUUGCACAUUUUAUCCUCCAUUUGUUUGGUCGGGCUGUCGUUUGGACGGCGCAUAGCGUGACAUCAUGAGCGGUGGUUGGAACACAAUUGAGUCUGAUGCAGGCGUCUUCACAUCCCUCAUCGAAAACCUCGGCGUCAAAAACGUCCAGUUCGAAGAACUCCUCACCCUCGACCCCUCGGAGCUCCUCGCCCUUCAGCCCCUCUACGGCGUAAUCUUCCUCUUCAAAUACCCGACCGACCGGCCCUACGCCACGCCCGACGGACCCCUCGACGGCAGCUUCGAUCACGAUGCCUCCGAGAGCAUCUUCUUCGCCGCCCAGACGAUCCAGAAUGCUUGUGCGACGCAGGCCCUGCUCAGCGUCCUCAUGAACAAGACGCAGGACGUCGACAUUGGGCCCCAGAUGCACGACUUUCGCGACUUCACAAUGGUCCUCCCGCCAGAGUUCCGCGGCGAGGCUCUUAGCAACUCGGACCUCAUCCGCGAGGUCCACAACAGCUUCGCCCGCAGCAGCCCCUUUGCCGACGAGACCGCCCGCACCGGCGAGCCCUCCGAGGACGUCUUCCACUUCAUCGCCUACACCCCCAUAAACGGCGUCCUCUACGAGCUCGACGGCCUCCAGCCCGCGCCAAUCUCCCACGGCGCCUGCACGUCUGAAGACUUCCCCCUCAAGGUCGUCGACGUGCUGCAGCGCCGUGUCUCGCGCUACGAUGCUACGGAGAUCCGGUUCAACCUGCUGGCUAUGUGCCGCGACCUGCGAAUCCGCGCGCAAGAGUUUGGCGACGAGGAGCUGCUGGAGCGCGAGCAGCGUAAGCGCAAGGACUGGCUCUUUGAGAACGCGCUUCGGAGGCACAACUUUGUGGGUUUCGCCGGCGAGGUUCUGAAGAAUGUUGUUGAGAAGAAGCUCGAUGCGGGCGGCGACGAGGCAGUGCAGAAGUGGGUGGACGAAGGCCUGGAGAGGAGGAAAGCUGCCGAGAGGGCCAUGGGGGCGAGGGGAGGAGGCGGAGAUUUAGACAUGAGCGGGUGAGAAGGAAGCUGUAGAUGUUGACGAUAUGAUGAGAAUCUGGGCAAGAAAAUAUACCCUUGAGGCCUUUUUUAAAUUACAUUGGCAUGUCAUUCGCUGAAGGAACUAUGCGGAAAUCGGGAGCAAUUGAUGAGACGUUUUUGUACACAUGAUGUUUAUGUGGAAAGCUAAUACCCAUUGCGAUUAACAGAGAGUUUACGUGUACAAAGCAUUCGGCUUUAAACACCACAAUAUAACAUGAAUUCGAAUGAUAUAGAUUCC